AUGUCUGUUAUUCUAGCGAGUGCUGGAUACGACCACACAAUUAGGUUCUGGGAAGCUUUGACUGGAGUCUGUUCACGAACCAUUCAACAUGCAGAUUCCCAAGUGAAUCGAUUAGAGAUUACGUCCGAUAAGAAAUAUUUGGCUGCUGCUGGUCAUUUACACGUCCGUCUUUAUGAUAUACGGUCGAAUAAUCCAAAUCCGGUGUCCUCUUUCGAAGGCCAUAAAGGGAACGUAACGUCGAUUGCAUUUCAACAGGAAAAUCGAUGGAUGGUAUCGUCUAGUGAAGAUGGGACUAUUAAGGUUUGGGAUGUACGGUCCCCAUCUGUGCAAAGGAAUUACAAGCAUAAUGCACCUGUCAAUGAAGUAGCGAUACAUCCGAACCAAGGGGAAUUGAUUUCCUGCGAUCAGGAUGGGAAUAUCAGGAUUUGGGAUCUUGGUGAAAACCAGUGCACAAACCAGCUGACACCAGAAGAUAACACGCCAUUACAGUCGUUGUCCGUUGCAAGCGACGGAUCGAUGCUUGUUGCAGGAAAUAACAAAGGGAACUGUUAUGUAUGGAAGAUGCCUCAUCACACGGAUGCUUCCACUUUGGAGCCCGUAACUAAAUUCAAAUCGCAUACUAAAUAUAUUACCAGGGUCCUACUAUCGGCGGAUGUAAAACAUUUAGCAACAUGUUCAGCAGACCAUACAGCUAGAGUAUGGAAUAUAGAGGAUAAUUUUGAACUUGAAACCACUUUAGAUGGUCAUCAGAGAUGGGUGUGGGAUUGUGCGUUUUCAGCAGACAGUGCAUACCUAGUCACAGCAUGCUCUGAUCAUUAUGUAAGAUUAUGGGACCUUUCCACAAGUGAAAUUGUAAGGCAGUAUGGAGGACAUCACAAAGGUGCUGUUUGUGUUGCUCUUAACGAUGUAUGA